UUCAGCGUUUCCAGUCAUCCCGCCCCUCUCUGCGCUACGUCAGCACUCAGACUCAAACAUGGCGGUACCCAUAGCCAAGUGCCUGGCAGCUUAUGCCUAUUUAUUACUAAUAUCUUUAAUAUUUCCGCACGUUUUCGCCGACAACGCUGCCGGGGACUCGCCGCACCGGCGCUUUGAGUAUAAAUACAGUUUCAAAGGGCCACAUCUGACACAGAGUGAUGGAAGAAUCCCAUUCUGGAUUCACACUGGGAAUGCCAUUCCUAGUUCGGAUCAGAUCCGAAUCACCCCUUCUCUGCGGAGCCAGAAGGGUUCGGUAUGGACAAAAACCCCUGUAAGUUUUGAACACUGGGAAGCUGAAGUGGCAUUUCGUGUGUCUGGACGAGGACGAAUGGGAGCGGAUGGAUUGGCCAUAUGGUUCACGGCCGGUCAAGGUCUGGAGGGUCAUGUGUACGGGGCCGCUGAUCAGUGGAACGGCGUGGGAAUAUUCUUUGACUCUUUUGAUAAUGAUGGAAAGAAAAACAACCCUGCUGUCCUGGUGGUGGGUAACAAUGGAAAACUUAUUUUUGACCAUCAAAAUGAUGGCACAACCCAGUCUCUAGGUACAUGUCUUAGAGACUUCAGAAACAAACCUUACCCUGUACGUGCCAAAAUCACCUACUACCAGAAAACUUUAUCGGUUUUCAUCAAUAACGGCUUCACUCCUGAUAAAGAUGAUUAUGAGUUCUGCACCAGAGUUGAAAACAUGAUCAUCCCUGAUACUGGUUAUUUUGGCAUCUCUGCAGCCACUGGAGGACUUGCCGAUGACCAUGACGUUCUGUCAUUUUUGCUGUUCAGACUUACAGAGCCUGGGCAGAAUCUGCCUCCCCCAGAAAAAGAGAUUCCCAAAGAGGAGAAGGACAAGUACCAGGAGGAAUUUGAGAAUUUCCAACAAGAGCUGGACAAAAGGAAAGAGGAGUUUCAGAAAGAGCACCCUGAUGUCCAGGAGCAGCUCAUUGAGGACCUGUUUGAAAGCGUUAACGACCGGGAAAUCCGUCAGGUGUUUGAGGGGCAGAAUCGAAUCCACCUGGAAAUCAAGCAGCUGAACAGGCAGCUGGCCAUGAUUCUGGAUGAACAACGCCGUUAUGUGUCAGUCAUCACAGAGGAGAUCUCCAAACGCUCGUCACAAGCACAGUCAGGACAGGCUCCCAGUCAUGAAAUGGAGACCAUUACUAACACACAACAGGAGGUUUUGAGGAACCUUAACGAAGUAAGGAACUCAUUGUCAGGCUCACUUAAGCAGCUGGCAGUGGGUCAGCAGCAGGGCAGCGCAGGCGGACUAGGAUCAUAUGAGACAGUCCAGCAUUUCAAUGACAUCAAGGAGCAUUUGCAUGUCGUCAAGAGGAGCAUCGAACACAUCAUUCAGAAAAAUGUGAAUCCUGCAGAGAAAGUGAAAUGUCCUGAACUUCCUCCUUUACCCACCUGCCUCUCUACCACACACUUUGUGAUCUUCAUCGUUGUUCAGUCUCUCCUCUUCUUUGGCUACGUUAUGUACAAGUGAGUGAAUUUUUAU